CUCAGACGCCUCGUUUUUUUUUUUUCAGAUAUGCGGUAUCAUUUUAUUCCAAACCUCGAAGCGACAAAAGCUUUAUUAGUUUUCGUUCUUUCUCGGCAUUGAGUGCGCAUGCGCAGUGAUUCAAUAACGCGCUGUCGACAGUACACGCCAGUUAUAGGACAUUGAAACAUCAGGUAUGGCAGAAGAAAGCAGCGACGAAUGUACGCCUCUUGACUUAAGCAUGAAGGACAAAACAACAACAAGUACUAGCCGUGACGGUACCCAGAGCGCUUCAUCUAGUUUGGCCGCCUACAGAACGAUUUCUGACGACGCCUUGCGCUACCAGAGGAACACGCAUCGUCCGCCGAUGACCGUUGAGACUUGCAACGUGGACGAUGUCACUGACAAUGGCAGCUCAAGUUGCCAGCAGCUGGGGUCCAUCAGGAGCAUCGAUAAGGCAGUGCCCAGCACAAGUCGCGCUGACAUGCAGGAAGCAUCAGCCAAUUGUGAAGACGGCGCCACGGAUGAAGUCUCCACAAAGGAUCCUUGA